GCAGAUAUAAAGGGCGGCUGGCAGCGGGUGGGACAUAUUACCUGUCCCAGAACGGAGCAGAGGAACUACAGGUCUGUCCGGAGCAGAUAAACUUAUAGAAACCUGCACCAAGACCAGCUACUUACAACAUCUGGAGCAACAUGAGAGAGUGCAUCUCUAUCCAUGUGGGCCAGGCAGGUGUCCAGACAGGAAAUGCCUGCUGGGAGCUCUUCUGCCUUGAGCACGGCAUCGGUCCUGAUGGCGUCUUCCUGGAGACUCCGGCAGAGCCAAACUCUCGUGAUGACCCCUUCAACACCUUCUUCAAUACUGGGAGCUCUGGGCGUCAUGUUCCAAGAGCGAUAUAUGUGGACUUGGAGCCCACAGUUGUUGAUGAAGUCAGGGUUGGAAAGUACAGGGACCUUUUCCACCCUGAGCAACUGAUCUCUGGAAAGGAGGACGCAGCCAACAACUACGCACGUGGCCAUUACACUGUUGGGAAAGAAAUCAUUGACGCAGUCAUGGAGCGUGUUCGUAAAAUGACGGACCAGUGCACAGGUCUGCAGGGGUUCCUCGUCUUUCACAGCUUCGGAGGUGGAACUGGCUCUGGCUUCACCUCUCUGCUGAUGGAGCGUCUGUCUUUGGACUACGGCAAGAAAUCCAAGCUUGAGUUCGCUGUCUACCCAGCUCCCCACGUGUCAACCGCUGUGGUGGAGCCCUACAACGCCAUCCUGACCACCCACACCACCUUGGAGCACUCGGACUGUGCCUUCAUGGUGGACAACGAGGCCAUCUACGACAUAUGUCGCCGCAACAUGGACAUCGAGAGUCCUGGUUACAUCAACCUGAACAGGUUGAUCGGUCAGAUUGUGUCGUCCAUCACGGCCUCCCUCCGUUUUGAUGGCUCCCUCAAUGUGGAUCUGAUGGAGUUCCAGACCAACCUGGUCCCAUUUCCGCGUAUCCACUUCCCACUGGUCACCUACUCACCCAUCAUCUCCGCCGAGAAGGCGUACCACGAGCAGCUGACCGUGUCGGAGAUAACGAGCGCCUGCUUCGAGCCGACCAAUCAGAUGGUCAAGUGUGACCCUCGUCACGGCAAGUACAUGGCAUGCUGCAUGCUGUACCGAGGCGAUGUCGUCCCCAAAGAUGUAAACGCCGCCAUUGCAAAUAUAAAGACCAGACGCUCCAUUCAGUUUGUUGACUGGUGCCCAACUGGCUUCAAGGUUGGCAUUAAUUAUCAACCUCCAACUGCAGUUCCUGGUGGUGACCUGGCCAAAGUCCAGAGGGCCGUGUGCAUGCUGAGCAACACCACCGCCAUCGCUGAGGCCUGGUCUCGCCUCGACCACAAGUUCGAUCUCAUGUACGCUAAGCGUGCGUUCGUCCACUGGUACGUGGGUGAAGGCAUGGAGGAGGGAGAGUUUGCAGAGGCCAGAGAGGACCUGGCCUGUCUCGAGAAGGAUUACGAGGAGUUGGGUGACAUGAGCCCCGAUUCUGAAAAUGACGACGAAUAUUGAUCCCUGUGAGGUUUUGGGCUGUGACGGCAUUGCUGCACUGCAAACCUUCUCAGCAAGAGUUAAACAGAUCGACGAUCUUUCUCGCCAUGUUUUUAGAAUGUCAGCUUUAGAUUAAGAAGACGACCUACAAUAAGUUGCAUUUGAAUUGUGCUGUAAAAUAAAGUCUGUUUUGGCACAUGCAUUUGCAGGAAACCUCUGCCCCCUGUCUGUCCCCCCACGUUUCCUGUCUGCCUCUCCACUGAAUACUACUGAAUGAAGGCAGACAUACCCAAAAGAUUACCUCAAGAAACACGUCCAGGCAAAAUAACCGUGAGAGCCUAUUAAUAAAAAGACGAGGUGAAAUGAAAUCUUGCAUAACACUGUCGAACACUUUCGUUUGCUUUAUCUCCUCGUAGUCCAGGGUCCCACAGACCCACCACUAAACCUGUAAAAGUAGUCAACCAUUUUUUUCCUUUUAAUACUUUGUUUGCUUUUCUUCUGAUAAAGACAACAAAAAACUGAAAUUACACCAAAUGAAAUAGUUUUACAGAAGGGAAAACUUUAUGUUACACGGGUUAUGUAUUGCCAAUAAAAUAAACAGUUAAAGACAAAGAAAUGUUCAGGAUGCUUCCUACACAUU